AUCCGGGUACUUUUGUCAUCUCCUUUAACACACCAUGCUUUGGGACACACUUUCUAAUCUUACAUACUAUUUAGGAUGAAUAGUAUAAACACUGGGACGCAGGGCGUGUUGAUAUCACCACGAUGACGCGUAAUCCCGGAAGUGCCUUUUGUAAACUUGCUGGUCAGCUGUGCCAACUUUAGAGCAGUCUAAUCUCAUCGACAAUGUCUUUCAACGGGGAUAACAUUUCAGUCUAAAAAGUGCAGGCUUCCUUUGUGAGGUCAUUUGGAUGACACAAUGGAGGAAAAGAAUAAGAAACGUAAAAGCCCAAAACCGUCGACCAACCAGCCUCCUCCCCCAGUCGCUGCACGGAAAACAACGGCGGAAGCACACUCCAGUCAGAGGACAAAGUAUCGCAGGGGAGUGCGAGACAAACCGAGGCCUCAGAGUCAGUCGGGUAAAAGUAACCAGUCUGCCCGCAUCCAGCACUCGUUUCUCACAGAUGUGUCUGAUGUUCAAGAGAUGGAGAAGGGGCUGCUCGGCCUUCUUAAUGACUUCCACUCUGGAAAACUGCAAGCCUUUGGCAAUGAGUGCUCCAUUGAUCAGAUGGAGCAUGUGAGAGAAAUGCAGGAAACACUGGCUCGUCUGCAAUUCGACCUGUAUGGAGAAGUGGAUGAGUUGCCAGAAGACCAGAGGAAGUCCGCCUAUGACACGAACAUGGAUAAACUGUUAUCAAAUCUGGAAGAGUUAAGCUCCUCAAUACAAAAGCUUAACCUUGCUGACUGUCAAGAUGUCCCCAGAACUUCCAGCAUAUGAACUACACAGACUCUACUGUGGAGAAUACUGUGUGCAUAUUUAGCACAGAAAAGCUGUGGAGAAACACCAUUAUUACAGUCAUAUCUGUGACACUGUGGAUCUGAAACGUAUAGAAUUGGCUUGUUUGCACUGUAUAGUUUUGUAGAUAUGAUAUCCGAGAACAACUCCAAACAGUCGUGAUGAAAUGCCCAUUUAUCUUUGUCAUCACAUCAUUUCAUCACUAGAAAUAUGUAUUCAUAAGGUAAUGUUCUGUAACAUUGUGACUUCUAAUCAUAUGUCUUAAAUGUUGCCUUGGAGUUGUACAAUACCAGCACCUUUACGUUAUCACCAAUUCACUUGGAUGGGAUUUGUAUUUAUAUAUGUCCUGUCUUAAAGGAAUUAAUAGAAUAAAAAUAUACGGAUGUCAGACUGCAGAAAUUAAGUAAAAUGAUAAUGUAUAUUUUCUGCUUAUAGUCAUUUACAUAUUUUAUUUUGAUUUAAAAUGGCUGAUUGUUGAUUAACAUUUUUACUCACUCAUGCAUCAAUAAAGUUCAAGUUGUAUUACCCCA